AUGGUGGAUGAAGCACGUGAUGUUUCAAUAAAAGAGCAAAUGGCGAUGGUGUUGCGUUAUGUGAAUGACAAAGGACAAAUAAUUGAAAGGUUUGUGGGGGUUCAACAUGUAACCGACACUACUUCAAGUUCACUAAAGGAAGCAAUUGAUGAAUUCUUUUCUUCCGCGAAUUUGAGCUUUUCCAAGCUACGAGGACAAGGUUAUGAUGGAGCUAGCAACAUGAGAGCUCUUGUUGCGGUAGCAAAGAAAAACAUUGAUGUCAACUUUUUUUUCACAACGGCUAAUAGUUUGGUUAAUGUUGUUGGAGCAUCUUGUAAGCGUCGCGAUGCACUUAGAGCACAAUACCAAGAAGAGCUUGUGAGAGCUUUUGAAGAUGAUUGUCUUAUAACAGGGCGGGGCUUAAAUCAAGAAAGGACUCUCAAACGUGCCGGCGAUACACGAUGGAACUCACAUUAUGGUACGUUGAUUAGUAUCAUUUCUAUGUUCCCAUCUAUGGUGAAUGUGCUUCAAAUGAUUGUUGAUGAUAAUCCUAAUGAUAGUUCGGGUGAAGCCUAUAAGUUAUGGAGAGAAAUACAAUCUUUUGAGUUUGUGUUUCACUUAUUUGUAAUGAAAGCUAUAUUGGGAAUAACAAACACUUUGUCUCUAGCAUUGCAAAAGAAAGAUCAAGACAUUGUGAGUGCAAUGAAUUUAGUGAAAACAUGCAAGGAAAACCUGCAGUUGAUGAGGGAUAAUGAGUUUGAAGAAUUGGUUGAGCAAGCAUCUUCGUUUUGUUACAAACAUGAUAUUACGGUUCCUACCAUGGAUGAGGAAUAUGUAAUUCCAGGGAGAUCACGGCGUAAUGCUCCAAUGAAGACAAAUUAUCAUCGUUAUCGUGUGGAGAUCUUUAUUCAUGUAAUUGAUGGGCAACUUGUGGAAUUAAAUGAUCGCUUCAUGCUUGAGUCCGACAAAUAA